AAACUUUCUCUGAUUAUAUUGUAUCUGAUAAAAUUUCAGAAGUCACUCACAUUUGUGAAACAGGAAAUAGAUAUUUUAUAAGCACAAAAAAAGGAAAAAAAAAAAGAAAGGAAAUUCAAAACUCCUGUAACGUAAAGCCAGGUUUGCAUCACAUAAGCAUUUAUUUGUUUCCAUAUAUAUAUAAUUUGUAGCCUUCCCAACAGCCUUAUCAACUGUCUUUCUCUUCACUUUCACUCGCAAAAAACAGUCAUGGAAUCAAAGCAAUUCUUUCGCUUCCUCUUUUUCUUCAUCGCCAUAGCUUUCCUUCUCCUCUUCACCUGGAUUCACCUUCCUUAUGCGCCACCACCUGACGUCACCACCCUCCUCGACUGCGCCACUAACUCCCCCUGGUGCAACUCCAAGAAUCGGUUUCAGUCCAAACAACCUACACUCACCAAAACGCCACGUGCCACCUCCUCUAACCGUCGACGCCACGAGUCAGCCGUCCCUCGCCACCCACUCGACCCUCUCACCAUCCAAGAAUUCAACAAGGUCCGCACCAUCCUUUCUUCCCACGCGCUCUUCAAGUCCUCCAAAAACUACGCGCUCCAUUCCGUCGUCUUAGAAGAACCCGACAAAGACCUCGUGCUUAAAUGGGAAAAAGGCCAAUCGCUCUUCCCCAGAAUAGCCUCUGUCAUCGCACGUGCCAACGGCGAGUCACUCGUGCUGACCGUCAACUUGGAAACCAACGAAGUCAACGUUCUCAAAACGGCUCCUCCGACCGGUUACCCGAUGAUGACGAUAGAGGACAUGACAUCCGCUACUUGGGCUCCACUUUCGAACGCCAAGUUCAACAGUACGAUCAUCGAACGAGGCGUAAAUCUCGAUGACGUGGCGUGCCUGCCGAUUUCGUUGGGAUGGUUCGGUGCAAACGAGGAGAACAGGAGGUUAAUUAAGGUACAGUGCUACUCCAUGAAAGACACUGUAAACUUUUACAUGAGGCCAAUCGAAGGGUUAACUGUUUUACUCGAUAUGGACACAAAAGAAGUGAUCGAGAUAUCGGAUACGGGUCGGGCCAUCCCGAUACCAAAAGCCUCGAACACGGAUUAUCGUUACUCCGAGCAGAAGCUUCAGGAGGAACUCAACUUGAUAAACCCUAUAUCAAUUGAACAGCCAAAGGGCCCAAGUUUUGUUAUUGAAGACGAACAUUUGGUGAAAUGGGCAAACUGGGAAUUCCAUUUGAAACCCGACCCAAGAGCAGGUGUGGUAAUUUCUAGGGCUAAGGUCCGGGACCCGGAUAGUGGGGUGCUGAGGAAUGUGAUGUACAAAGGUUUUACGUCUGAAUUGUUUGUGCCUUACAUGGACCCCACUGAUGGAUGGUAUUUUAAGACAUACAUGGAUGCGGGUGAAUACGGGUUCGGGUUGCAAGCUAUGCCACUUGACCCGCUUAAUGAUUGUCCAAGAAAUGCAUACUAUAUGGAUGGUGUGUUUGCCGCCGGUGAUGGUGUACCCUAUGUCCGAUCAAACAUGAUCUGCGUGUUUGAGAGCUACACCGGUGAUAUAGGGUGGCGGCAUUCGGAGAGUCCAAUUACGGGUAUGGAGAUUAAGGAAGUGAGGCCAAAGGUGACGUUAGUGGUUAGAAUGGCUGCAUCAGUUGCUAACUAUGAUUAUAUUGUGGAUUGGGAGUUCCAAACAGACGGGCUAAUCAGGAUUAAGGUUGGACUUAGCGGGAUUUUGAUGGUGAAAGGUACCACCUAUGAGAACAUGAACCAAGUGGGAGGGCAAGAAAAUCUCUUUGGCACCCUUUUGUCUGAAAAUGUUGUUGGCGUUAUCCAUGAUCAUUACAUUGCAUUCUAUUUGGAUAUGGACAUCGAUGGCUCUGAUAAUUCCUUUGUUAAAGUAAAUAUCAAAAGGCAAGAUACCUCUCCAGGAGAAUCACCAAGAAAAAGCUAUCUGAAAGCGGUUAGAAAUGUGGCUAAAACAGAGAAAGAUGCUCAAGUUCAGCUUAAACUCUAUGACCCAUCGGAGUUCCACGUGAUCAAUCCAACUAAGAAGACAAGGGUUGGAAACCCGGUUGGAUACAAGGUAGUUCCCGGUGGCACUGCCGCCAGCUUGCUAGAUCAUGAAGAUCCACCACAGAAAAGAGGUGCAUUCACAAAUAACCAAAUAUGGGUCACUCCAUAUAACAAAAGCGAGCAAUGGGCUGGUGGAUUAUUUGUUUACCAGAGCCAGGGUGAAGACACUCUUGCCGUUUGGUCUGACAGGGAUCGAUCAAUUGAGAACAAAGACAUUGUGCUGUGGUAUACUUUAGGCUUCCAUCACAUACCAUGCCAGGAGGAUUUUCCUAUCAUGCCAACUGUGUCGUCUAGCUUUGAUUUGAAGCCAGUUAACUUCUUUGAGAGCAACCCAAUUCUCAGGAUUCCACCUAAUGUUGAAAAGGAUUUACCUGUUUGCAAGCCUGCUGCUUCAGCAUGAAGCUCUAGUUCGACGUUUAUCUUGGGUAGGUAGAAUUUCCAAUAAAUGAUGUAGCAGAAUAUAAACUUGUUCUUUCUAAAUGGUAUCCAAAAAGAAGAAAAUGGAAAAAACAAGAUCGAGUCUUAGGACCUACAGAGGAAAUCCAAGUUUCUGAACGGCCAGAGGUCUAAGCCGUAAUCAUCCAAGGGCUGUUUCUAUUUACCAAGCAAGAUUAAUUAGAUGUCACAUUCUCUUAAUCAUUUUCCAUAAACAUCACUUAAUUGCUGUAUUGGAUUUUAACAAUGGCCACGUUAUUCUGAAGGCUCCAAUAAUCUACGAAAGUUGGGAAUUGUCACCAUAAUUUUUCAUGAUUGGGUUAUUCAUUUGGUUGGAUAGCUUUUUGGACUAGUUACAUAAAUAAAGAAAUAACAAAGUGAGAUGGCUGCUUAAGUAA